AUGGCAACGGAGGAUAGGGAAAUGAUGGAAGACCGAGGGGCAGGAGAAAGUUGCCCAACCUUCCCCAAGAUGGCGCCUGAUGACCCCAUGUCUGAAGGAAAGCCCAGGGCUUCGUUGGAGGCCGACACCCCGAAGCCAGAGUCCUCCUACGACUACCUGGAGGAGAUGGAAACUUGUGAGGACGGAGGCUGCCCGGGGCCACCUAAGUCACUGUCCUCCAGGGCUGGCCCCGCUGCCACUAAAGGACAGGCGGGCGAUGGACCCGAACCCGCGGAGCUGCGCUCGGUCCCAGCCACGGCGGCGCCGGGGACCGCAGUGCGCGAGCGCAACGCCGAGAUGGAGCUGGAGAAGGCGCGCAUGGAGUUCGAGCUCACGCGGCUCAGGUACCUGCACGAGGAGAACGAGCGCCAGCGGCAGCACGAGGAGGCGAUGGAGCAUCUGCAGCAGCAGGCGACGCCCCGCCUGUUCUCGGGAGGCCUCCAGGACCUCCUGCUUCCCCGGAACCAGUUCGCCAUGUUCCUGCACUGCUUCAUCUUCAUACACGUAAUCUACGUCACCAAGGAGAUGAUCUUCUUUCUCUUCUCCAAGCACUACCUGUUCUGCAUUGUGGCCAUUUUGCUCUGUUUGAUUAAAACUUUAUGGUCAUACUUCCAAAACCCAAACAAAUCCUACACAGUACACUCCACUAUAGCCCAAGCAAUUAAGCACUAA